UACUUUCCAUGUGCUGGUGGAGCAGUUUUACCAGCUCUGAGUGGAACAAUCCAGCCCCUACCUGCUCGCUGGGUAUAAAGUUAUGGGUUUUGUUAAGGAAGAAGGUUUGAGGCUGCUUUGAGAGCAUCUUACAGCUUCCCUGGUGUAUUUUCCUGCCUGAGAAGCUCUUGUUUACAAGCUGGAGAGCAAAGAAAUCUCUGAAGAAUCAAAAAUUGUGAAAAUGGAGUCUGCUGGUGUUACCUGCCCUGUUUGCUGCCUGAGAGCUGCUGCUGCUUCAUGGCUUUGUCCUUAAAUUCAAGUCUGGAGUGAUUCAACAGAGAGGGGCAGCAUCCAUCAGAAAGGAUCCAGGCAGCCCCUGAGCCUUUCCUGCAGGACUGUGAGGGAGAGGGAGAAAGGGAAAAGCUCCCCAGGCAUCAAGAGCUUUCCAGCCACAUGUGUGUAAAAAUCCCUUCCCGCGCCACGUGACCGAGGAAGAGGCACAGAUCCAUUACACAAUAAUAAAAAUAUGCCUUUGGCAACGUGGAGCCAAAGUGGAGCUGCUGCAGGGAGCUCAAACUACGCAUGAGACGGAGUAAAACAGGAAUAAAAAGGACCAAAGUGAAUCCUGCACAGCCCUCCCAGGCCCUGCUGUGGCAGGACGGGGCUGUGGAUCUGCAGCAAAACAUCUGCCUGAAGCCCUGGGGGCUGCCAGCGCCUGUCAGCAUCUCUGAGGAGAUCAGGCUGGCUGUGCCAUGAUCUCGGCUGUGCUGCUCCUCUGGACCGUGCCCUGCGUGGCCAACCACAUCGUGGGGGAAUUCGCCAAGCGGGAGCUGCAGGAGGGAGCCCAGCUGGCCUGCAGCCUGCCCGGGCCCCCCGGGCCCCCCGGGCCCCCGGGCGCGCCCGGCGCUCCGGGCACCGUGGGCAGGAUGGGCUUCCCGGGCAAGGACGGCCAGGACGGCCAGGACGGGGCCAAGGGCGAGCACGGCGAUGAAGGUCCCCAGGGCAGAACAGGAAACCCGGGCAAGCCAGGCCCGAAGGGGAAGGCUGGAGCCAUUGGCAAGGGAGGGCCCCGCGGGCCCAAGGGGUUGAAGGGCAGUCCCGGGAAAAGCGGGGCCCCGGGGAAGAAAGGGCCCAAGGGGGGCCAGGGCGAGCCCGGGCCGCCGGGGCCCUGCAGCUGCAGCGGCAGCAGGGCCAGGUCUGCCUUCUCGGUGGCCGUGUCCACCAGCUACCCCAGGGAGAGGCUGCCCAUCAAGUUCGACAGAAUCCUGAUGAACGAGGGAGGGCAUUACAAUGCUUCCAGCGGGAAGUUCAUCUGCAGCAUCCCGGGGAUUUACUACUUCACCUACGACAUCACUUUGGCCAACAAGCACCUGGCCAUCGGGCUGGUGCACAACGGCCAGUACCGGGUCAAGACUUUUGAUGCCAACACUGGGAACCACGACGUGGCCUCUGGCUCCACCAUCCUGGCGCUGAAGCAGGAGGAUGAGGUGUGGCUGCAAAUCUUUUACUCGGAGCAAAAUGGGCUCUUCUACGAUCCCUACUGGACAGACAGCUUAUUUACUGGAUUCUUGAUUUAUCCCGACCAAGAUUAUCUCAAUGAAGUGUAGAAGGAGAAACUAUGGGAAAAAUAGGAAAUGGGCCUCAAUCCAACAAAGUGUGGCCUUACGUGGGACAUGCCUGGGAUUGUCAGAUUAUUCCACAUUUGCCUAUGGGAUUGUCAGCUGAUUGCACCCUGUAUGGGCUGUUUAGACUUUUCCACAGGCUACCAGGCUUUCAGCAGCCUCAUGAAUGUUUCCAUCCCAAAGCCACCCGUUAUGUAUUCCGUGAUUAUUCCAACAUGCCAUGGACAUGUAACUCAAAUACUGGUGCAGAAUGCUUUGGCUAUUGCAUUGUUAUAAUAAAGCAUGGAAACCAA